AUGGAUAGAUCUUGGAUGUAUUCUGCACCAAGAUGUAGUGAACCUUUUAUAAAUGGGGUUCAAUUUUUCUUAAAUUUUGCAUUUGAGAGAUCAAAUGUUAACGGAAAGAUAUUAUGCCCUUGUGCACGUUGCCUGAAUAUGUAUUAUCGUGGAAGGGGAGAUAUUUUGGAUCACCUCAUAUGUUUCGGGUUUCGUUUAGAAUACUUGGUAUGGGUGUAUCAUGGGGAAGGCUCAACAACUACAUCGUCUGGUAUAGUACAUAGUGCAGAGGAAGAUCUAUUUGACCAUGACAUGUAUGAAAUGUUGAAUGAUGUAUUUCAACCCGAGAUCGACGUAACUGGAGUAGAGACACACAAGGCUACCUUGAAUAAUGGUCAAGAGGUGGAAAAUGAAGGAAGAACAUUUGAUAAUAUAGUUAAGGAAGUUGAAGAGAAGUUAUAUCCGAGUUGCAAAUACAACAAGUUAUCUAGCAUAGUGCAUCUGUACCAUCUAAAGUGUCUUAAUGGAUGGAGUAACAAAUCGUUCUCUAUGUUGUUGGAGUUUUUAAAAGAUUUGUUACCUGAAGGAAAUUUGUUACCAAAGACCACCCCACAAGUGAAAAAAAUAAUGGCUAAACUGGGCUUAGGAUAUGAAAAAAUCCAUUCAUGUCCUAACGGUUGCAUGUUAUUUUGGGAAGAGAAAGAGAAAGAUGAAUGUUGUUCUAUUUGUGGAUCAUCGAGAUGGAAAGUGUCUCAAGAUAAUUCAGAAAAUGGAACGAUUCCACUUAAGAAGAAGGCAUCAAAAAUAUUACGGUGGUUUCCUUUGAAGCCUAGACUUCAGAGAUUGUUCAUGUCAUCGAAGACAGCUAGCCUAAUGAAGUGGCACCAUGUGGAACGUGUGGGAGAUGGAAAGAUUCGACAUCCGGCUGAUGCACUAGCCUGGAAAGAUUUUGAUAAAAAAUUUCCAGAAUUUGCUAGUGAUCCCCGCAAUGUUCGUUUAACUCUAGCAAGUGAUGGUUUUAACCCAUUCAGGACAAUGAACGUGUCGCAUAGUAUUUGGCCUGUUUUUCUUAUUCCCUACAACUUGCCACCAUGGUUGGUUAUGAAACAACCUAAUUUCAUUCUUUCCUUAAUUAUUCCCGGUCCAAGAGCUCCCGGAAACAAGAUAGAUGUGUAUAUGCAGCCUUUGAUAAAAGAAUUGAAGGAGUUGUGGGAUGUUGGAGUUGAGACAUUUGAUGCCUCGACUAAACAAAACUUUCAAUUAAAGGCAUCAGUUCUCUCUACUAUAUCCGACUUUCCCGGUUAUGCCAAUUUAUCUGGGUGGAGCACCAAAGGAGCACUUGCAUGUCCAUUAUGUGGUUUUGAUACUGAUUCUAAAUGGCUAACCCAUGGAAAAAAGUAUUGUUACAUGUGUCAUAGAAGAUGGCUUCCGACUAACCAUCAUUGGCGUAGAGACACUAAAUCCUUUGUUGGAAGAGAGGAAUUACGAGUUGCCCCAAAACCUUCUUCCGGAGAGGAGGUUCUCCAACAGUUAGAUGGUCAAGGAAAAAAGUCAAAAGAUAACUAUGAAACACGACUUGAUCUAAAACAAUUGGGUAUAAGAAAGGAAUUGCAUCCCAAAAAGCGACCUCGAAGUGAUACUACUUUCAUGCCAAGGGCAUGUUAUCAAAUGAAUCGGGAUGAGAAGGGAUUGUUCUUAAAAAUAUUAAAGCUAAUUAAGCCUCCUGAUGAAUUUUCAUCCAAUAUCUCUCGAUGUGUGCAAUUGAAUGAGAAGAAAUUAGUUGGGAUGAAAAGUUAUGAUCACCAUAUGUUGAUGCAAGAAUACUUGCCCAUUGCAUUACGAGGUACUUUGCCAGACCAUGUAAGCUCCACUAUAAUAGAGUUGAGCGAUUUUUUUAGGAUCAUUUGCUACAAAGACUUAACCGAAGUUGAUCUCCAAUAUCUCGAAUCAAAAGUUUCCGUCACUUUAUGCAAAUUGGAAAAGAUUUUUCCUCCUUCAUUCUUUACUAUAAUGGUGCACUUGGUGAUCCACUUAGUUAGAGAGGUUAAGUUAGGAGGUCCAGUUGCUUUUCGAUGGAUGUACCCUAUAGAGAGGUACCUUCUAACACUUAAGUCCUACGUUCAUAAUAGAGCUCAUCCUGAAGGUUCAAUUGCUGAAGGCUAUUUAGCUCAAGAAUGUGUAACAUUUUGCUCCAGAUAUCUCUCAGGAGUAGAAACCAUAUUUACUAGACCAAUUAGGAAUGAUGAUGAAGGUGAUCAAAAUGAGAUUGAAGAAUCUAACAAUCUUUGCCCAGGUCGCCCAUUGGGACGUAAAAAGAAUUCUAGGGUGUCACUUCAGAAAAGAAAGAGAUCUUCAAAUUUCGUCUUGGACGAGAAGUCACUCACUCAAGCACAUCGUUAUGUCCUAUUUAAUGUUGAAUCAGUUUCACCAUUCCAAGAGGAACACAAAAGGAUAAUAAAGGGACAAAAUCGAUCUCGGCGGAUACAUGAUUAUGAAAUCAACAAGAUUCACUGCCAACAAUUUAGUGAAUGGUUUAAGAGAAGGGUUGCACGCAUGGAAGAGCAAGGAGAUCAAAAAGUAACUGACGAAAUAAAAUGGCUUGCACGUGGUCCACUUAGAGUUGUGCAAAAAUACUCAGGAUACCUAGUUAAAGGUUAUCGAUUUCAUACAAGAAAACGAGAGGAACUUCUACGAACUCAAAACAGUGGUGUGGCUGUUAUGGUAGAAGGUGCAAAUUAUUCCAGUAGUCGAGAUAGAAGGCCAGUCGAAGGCGUGAAUAACUACUAUGGAAAAUUAACUGACAUUAUUGAAUUAAACUACUCUGGAAUGAUACGAGUUGUUUUAUUCAAAUGUGAGUGGGUUGACAUCAACAGAGGUUGCAAGAAAGAUGGCAAUGUAACAUUGGUCAACUUCUCAUAUAAGACACAUACCGGUGUUAACUUGAUUGAUGAUCCCUUUGUUUUGGCAUCACAGGCCGACAAGGUGUUCUACUCCAUGGAUCCUAAACAUAUAGGUUGGGAGAUUGUGCGACAUGUAAAGCUUAGAGAUGUAUUUGACAUGGGAGGUGCUUAUGAUGACAUAUUUGAUGUACCUAACUUGCAUAGGGUUGGCGAUGAUGGCAUAGAUGUUACACCUGAAAUGAUAAUAGCUAAUGAAAACAUAGAUGUCAUAGAUGAUGAAGAAAAUAACAGUGACUAG